AUGGCCUUUUCACACGCCGCUCGGCUGCUUCUCGCCCUCUUCACAGUCGUCACGUCGGGCCGUUGGGCCGCGGCAGGCCGAGUUCUCUCGGGCCCCGUGUGGACGAGAGGGUUGUGCAACCUGACGGUGAGCGAAAACCUGCCACAAGGCAGCGUUUUGCCGUUGCCCAUCCUCCUGGCGCCCGAGGAGACGCUCGAUUUGACCCACAACAACGCCUAUUUCGGCCUACUCACCACGCCCGACAACAACACCACCACCACCACCACCACCAGCGGAAGCGGUAGAGGCGAGUUGGAGCUCGUCUGGACGAGCCUGAUCGAGGAGGGCGUCGUGGCGACGACUCGACUCCUUCCCAGUCUCGUCACUCUCAGCCCGUUGGACAGAGAGUUUCUCUGCCAACGGGAGCCGGAGUGCGAUUGUCGCUAUGGCAACAGUCAUCCGGACCGGCGAUUUGCCAGUGGACCGAUUGACGCUCGUCUCUCGGCGGUCUCGUUGAUCCGCUUUCCCCGACCCGAGCGUCUGUAUGUGUGUCUGGCCGACGUGAACGACAACCCGCCCGUCUUCCUGCUCCCACCCUCUGGCCCGUCCAUGCUGGCCGGUUUCGCGUCGGGUGCCUUGCCGACCUCCGGCGGCCUGGCAACCAGACAACACGAGCUGGACACGCCGGUGUUCGAGGUGAGUCUGGAGGAGCAUUCGGCGGUGGGUCGCGAGAUCGCAUUGCCCGUCGCCUUUGACGCGGAUGCAGCGCCCGACAACACGCUGCAUGCCUACACAAUUCGCUGUCCCGAUGCGGCCGGCAACCUCCGUGCGCCCGGCAACCGCGGCGACGCCAAGGCCGACUUGGAGGGGUUGGGCGGAGGUCUGUUCAGCGUCUCUUUCGGCCUAGACACUCCGCGGCCGGGAUUGCCGCGCUCCACCGAGGCUUGGCUCAAUCUGGUUGUCAUGGCCGACAUCGAUUUGGAGGCAGAAGCUGCGCAG